UAAAAAGGGAGUGCCCAACAAAAAGCAAAAGGAAAGGAAGGCUGCGAUAAAACACACACUCUUGCUUGUCUCAACUUUCCUCUCUCUCUCUCUCUCUGUCUGUCUCUGUGUCUAUGUAGGGAUUGCGGAGUAGCUAGCAGCCACACCACACAUUCACCCAAUCCAUCUCAACGCUAUGGAUUGAUCGUUUUCUCGGCGAAAUUCUCAAUUUCUGACCCAAUUGCUCGGUAUAUCUCUCUCAAUUACUUUCGGCUCGCUUAGAUAUUUGUUUGGUCAUUGCUUUGUACUCAGAUCGGGGUCGUUUGUUUCCUCGGAAAAUAUCUCCAUUUUCUUGCGGAAUUGGUCAAAUUUUCGUUGGUCGGAUAAAGGGGUUUUGAAUGUUUUGGUGAAUUGACGUUACGAGAUCUCUUAGUUGGUAUACUUGUUGUCAAAAUCCAAGCUUGCUAUAUAAUUGCUACCUGCAGAUUCUCUGCCAUGGAAGAUACUCAAUCAGUUUCGACACUGAUAGACUCUACAACCUCUAAGAUACAACAGCUUCAGAAAGCAUUUGCUGAACUUGAAAGUCACCGAGCAAUAACUCUUAACUUGAAAUGGAAGGAGAUUGAAGAACAUUUCCAUGGGCUUGAGAAGUCCUUAAAGAGGCGUUUUCAUGAGUUGGAAGAUCAAGAAAAGGAGUUUGAAACCAAAACAUUGGCAGCUCGUGAAAUGUUGGAGAAGAAGGAAUCAGCUAUUGUAGCCAUGGAACAAGCUUCGCUGGAAAGCCUCCAAGAGAAGAGAGAUGCUGCUAUAUUUGCAAUUGCUGCUGCUCGAGAGAAGCACAGGAAAAUAUCCUCUGAGGAUCCAGAUGUUGUCACUGAUGAGGGCCAGGGAGGGCUACCAUGUGUGGAAGAGAAACCACCAGAUGUAAUGGCUUCUGAAAGCAACUUUGAAGAAAUGAAAUUUUCUGAAACUAGGAAUGUGGAGGUGAAGUCAUAUCCCCAGUUAGUGAAACUAUGCAAACAGAUGGACUCUGAAGGACUUCACAAAUUUAUAUCUGAUAAUCGAAAGAAUCUUGCUGCAAUAAGGGAGGAAAUUCCACUUGCAUUGACAGCUGCAGCUAACCCUGCCUGUUUUGUCCUAGACUCUUUGGAAGAUUUUUACCGCAUGGAUGUGCCUAAUUUGGAUGGGAAGAAGGACUCAACCUUACUGGGCCUUCGUCGAACCUGCAUCAUGUUGAUGGAAUGUCUGAGCAUUUUGUUAACAAACCUAGAUAUAGUCUCUGCUUCUGAGGUAAUUACAGAAGAGGUUAAGGUGCGGGCAAAGGCAAUUGCUGAAGAAUGGAAGCCAAAGUUGGAUGCCCUUGAUAUGGAUGCUAGCAAUGGGAACUCUUUAGAGGCUCAUGCAUUUUUGCAACUUUUGGCCACUUUUGGUGUUCAAUCUGAUUUUGAUGAGGAAGAACUAUCAAAGCUAAUACCAAUGGUUUCUCGUCGUCGCCAAACAGCUGACCUUUGCCGUUCCCUUGGAUUGUCUGAGAAAAUGUCAGGUGUAGUUGAAGUACUUGUAAAUAGUGGAAGGCAGAUUGAUGCUGUGAACUUGGCUUAUGCGUUUGACCUCACGGAGAAGUUCUCACCUGUGGCUCUACUUAAAUCUUACUUGAAGGAGGCAAGAAAAGCUUCUUCACCUGUCAAACCUGGAAAUGCAUCUCCCACUGUACAGAAUGAGGUGAAUGAGCGUGAACUGACUGCACUUAAGGCUGUGAUCAAGUGCAUUGAAGAGCAUAAGCUUGAGGAGCAGUACCCUGUGGAUCCACUUCAGAAACGGGUUAUCCAGCUGGAGAAAGCCAAAGCAGACAAGAAAAGGGUGACUGAAGCUGCAAAGCCUCAACCAAAGAGACCCCGAGCUAAUGGUGUUGGAUAUGUGCCUCGUGUUACUAAUAUUGCUGCUGAAAAGAAUUUUUAUCCUAGAGUUGCCGAUAAUAGGUAUCCACAGUACAUGUAUGAGAGGUCGUAUGUUUACCCUGGGCCUAAUGAAAACCAUUGCCCCUCUCUGCUGGGUUCUGCUACUUACAACCUGUCUCCUGGUCACAGCAACUACUUUGCAAAUGGCUACCAGUACCAAACCGCAUAUCUUCACUAGGAAGUAAAGGUGGCGAAAUGGUGACUGAUCCUCUCAUUUUUAACGGUUAGUCUUUAACCCUUCAGUUCGCUGAUAUCCCAAUGUAUGAAUGAAUUUAGUAUUUAAAAAAAUGACCAAAAAAGAAAAAAAAAUUGAAAAAACUCAAAAAAAAAAAAAAAAAAAGUCUUGUUAAUUUGUUAGUUGAUGUAUGAAGAAUAUAUUUUGAUCCUCUAAUAUAUGCACUUUGUUUUUCUUUUGUAUAA